CCCACACGUUCACUCACCUAGAAGGUGUUUUGCCUGACUUGUUCAGUUGUUUAUUUCAAAAUUGCUUACAUGUUGCUUUCCAGAGGAAUUUAGAGAUACAUAAGGAGGAUAAUUAAUUCUAAAUUCUAGACUUCUAAAUACUAGAAUCAUAGGACAUUGAUGUUGUAUAGGGUCUUUGUGAGGGGUAAGGCUGCUGGCAAGAUACUUUUAAAUCAGCCACACCUUUGGGUUGGGCUAUUUUGAAAACUAAGUACUUGAUGAGGCUCAAGGUAUGGUCUGCUAGGGACAAGCGAUUUUAUUUUGUGUUUUUAGAUGUACUUUGAUCAGCUGAUGCAGCUGACAGACUGUCUCCUCUGUAAGUAACAGACUGGGGCAGAGAAGUGGUGACCUGUAGUGAGCCUUCCCUAACUUUUUUUCAAAGUGAGCAUUGCUGGCUUUCAGGCAGCUAGGCAAGACAGAAACAGGGACGUGAUAUGGGGGUACCUUUAUUUGGGGAUAACAAGCCCUUCUAUUUCCGGAUCUGGAGUGGACUAAGUCAGAAGUUGCAAGGCAAAAAAUCCUGGAAUAAACAUCUGGAUGAAAUCUACUUACUCCAGCAGAAAAGGAUCUGGGAAUCCCCACUCCUCCAGGCUGCCAAAGAGAACAACCUCCCAGCCAUUAGGAAACUUCUCACUGAUGGAACAUGUGAUAUCUAUCAGAGAGGUGCAGUGGGGGAGACUGCCCUUCACGUAGCUGCCUUGUAUGAUAAUGUGGAGGCUGCAGUGACACUGAUGGAAGCCGCUCCCGAGCUUGUCAAUGAGAGGAUGACAUCAGAGCUCUACGAAGGGCAGACAGCUCUCCACAUUGCAGCAGCGAACCAGAACAUCACUUUGGUGAAAGCUUUACUCAAAAGAGGGGCCGAUGCCCGCACAGCACAGGCCACUGGACACUUCUUCAGGCGCAGCUCCCAGAAUCUUCUCUAUUUUGGAGAGCAUGUUUUAUCAUUUGCUGCCUGUGUGGGAAAUGAGGAAAUUGUACAGUUGCUUAUUGAAUACGGAGCUGACAUUAGAGCUCAAGAUUACUUGGGUAACACUGUUCUUCACAUCCUGGUUCUUCAACCUAAUAAGACAUUUGCCUGCCACAUGUACAGCCUGAUACUUUCCUAUGAUAGGAACAAAGAGGGAUCAGGAUCACUUGAAUUGAUUCCUAACAAUGAGGGGCUUACUCCAUUCAAACUGGCUGGAGUUGAGGGCAACACUGUGAUGUUUCAAUACCUCAUGCAGAAGCGGAAGCACAUCCUCUGGUCCUUUGGCCCCUUGACCACUGUGCUUUAUGAUCUAACAGAGAUUGACUCCUGGGCUGAAGAUCAGUCCUUCCUUGAGCUCAUUGUCUCAACGAAGAAGAGGGAGGCACGCCAGAUCUUGGACCUAACACCUGUGAAGGAGCUGGUGAGCCUGAAGUGGAACAUGUAUGGUCGUCCCUAUUUCUGUUUCUUGGCUAUAUUCUACAUACUCUACAUGGUCUGCUUUACUAUGUGCUGCGUCUACCGACCACUGAAGCCCCGAACAAGCAACAAAACAAGCAGCAGAGACAAUACAAUCUACGUCCAGAAAAUGCUGCAGGAAUCAUAUGCAACAUAUGAAGAUGAGCUGAGGCUGGUGGGGGAGCUGAUCACAGUCAUAGGAGCUGUAGUAAUUUUGGUCCUUGAGAUCCCAGAUAUCCUUAGAGUUGGAGCAGCAAAAUACUUUGGACAAACCAUCCUAGGAGGGCCUUUUCAUGUAAUUGUCAUCACAUAUGCUUGUAUGAUUCUAGUAACCAUGGUGAUGCGUCUCACUAGCACAACUGGUGAGGUGGUGCCCAUGUCCUUUGCUCUGGUGCUAGGAUGGUGCAAUGUCAUGUACUUCGCACGAGGCUUCCAAAUGCUUGGACCCUUUACCAUCAUGAUUCAGAAGAUGAUAUUUGGAGAUCUUAUGCGCUUUUGCUGGCUCAUGGCUGUGGUGAUACUAGGCUUUGCAUCAGCUUUUUACAUCAUCUUCCAGACAGAGAAUCCUGAAAACCUUGGACAGUUCUACAACUAUCCCAUGUCCUUGUUCACCACCUUUGAGCUGUUCCUCACUAUCAUUGAUGGCCCUGCAAACUAUGAUGUGGACCUACCCUUUAUGUACAGCGUGGUAUACUUUGCCUUCGCCAUCAUUGCGACCCUCCUUAUGCUCAACUUGUUAAUUGCCAUGAUGGGUGACACCCACUGGAGAGUGGCCCAUGAGCGGGAUGAGCUCUGGAGAGCCCAGGUUGUUGCUACUACAGUCAUGCUGGAGCGGAAGCUGCCACGAUGUCUCUGGCCUCGGUCUGGAAUCUGUGGGCUGGAGUAUGGGCUAGGGGAUCGAUGGUAUCUCAGAGUUGAAGACAGAGUUGAUCCCAACAAACACAAGAUGAUGCGGUACACAGAAGCAUUUAAGGCUCAGGAUAGGGACAACUAUGACAAAGGUUUGGAAAAUCUGGAAAUCAAUGGGAAUAUCCUGUACAAGAAGGAACUGUCUGCUCUGUCAUUGUCACGGAGCACUUCCAGGACUAGUUCUCACCGUGGCUGGGAGAUCCUGAGGCGUAAUACCUUCCACCAACUUUGUGGAGAGGUCAAUCACUCCAUGGAAGAGGAGGUCUAUGAUGUCUAAGAAUCCUCUGUCCAGAGGCUCCACUACUUGGAUCAGUUUUGCCACAAUAGUUCUCCAACUGUUCCUACACACUUCAGCAUGCCACAUACAUUUGUAAGCCUUGGAAGAACUCUGCUGAUGAAUGGUUUGUGGCAUCUAUGCUAUGAUAUAUGAAUGCAGUCUUUUCUCUCCUACUUUUAUAUGUUCCUGCUGUUGCACUGAUAUUUGCACCAAGACAGUGAUCUUGUUCAGCUAAGGUCUGUGGUUGGUUGUUAUGCUUUCUAAUGCCCUACAGAAAUGAGCAAAUGAAGCCAGCAUGGAUUUCAUCCAUUUACAAAGAAGAGAUCAGUAAGUCUUCUCCCAGAAUGUUAAAUGCAGCAUAAUGUCUCCCUCCAUUUUCACAAAAUCCCAAUGCUCUCAGAGCAGAGAGAGCUGACUGAAGUUCUGGUUUAUGAUUCAGUACAGAACUGAAAAAAAAACCCCUGCUGCUAAGCUCAGGAACAAAGGUAGUUGCUGACAUUGUGAUAAUUGAAAGGAAUGUCACUACUCAUAUGGCAUUCAGGGCCUAACAGAUUUUGCCCUCUGAAGAAAGGCAGUCUUUUUAGCUGGGUUUUCAGCACAGCUAUUAUAGCAGGACUGGUGUGUGUUUGGCGGGGGGUGGUGGUGGUGGUGUUGAUUGGUUUUUGGGGGUGUUUCGGUGGCUUUCUCUUUGUUUGUUUUAUUUUGUUGUCAUAUGAAUGCACUUUAAGCUUUUGAAAAUAAGUGAUUGCUGUUCCUGGGAGGAUUCUGAUUGGUUUGAAGUGGGAACUUCUUUUUCUAAUGAGAGCAUGUAUGACUUGGUUAGGUGACUUUCAGCAAUGUGAAAUUUCAGCUGUUAAUCUCCCAAAUAAGCUGAAGCUGGUCUAUUGUUUUCUGUGGGAGAGUAGGACUCUGAACUGUAGUUCUGUGAGUUAUUACUGAGCCAUCAAGGUUGGGUAGUGAGCUACAAUAUAGCACUGAAAGAAAUGGAGAGGAAAUUUUGGAAAGAUAAAUAAGACCUGUUGCAGAGGCAGUUCAGAAACUGGUGCACUCUCUCUCUGAAAGUCUAGAACUAUCCAGUGAACAACAGAGUCACCUACACUUCCAGGUAACAUGAUGUGCCAGUCUGUCAGUUUGUCUUCUGCCUAGGGCCACUUCAAGAGAAAUGGAGAAAUGUUCAAAGAAAUGAGCUGUCAUUUCAGGGUCGUCUGUAUUUUCAGGUGUGUGGAGUUUCAUUCCAAUAGCAGAAGUAAAUGGAAAGCUAUCCAUGGUCUUAACAUUUCUUCCCAACAAGACUAGUAAGAGAAAUUUUGGUUUUUAAGAAACCAAAGAUUGUUAUCUACCACAAGAUUUCGAGACAAAGCACCCUGUGAUAAUCAAAGCAGAUAAAGACAAAUCUGUAUCCAGUAGAUUUCUGAUUGUAUUGGAAUUUCACAGCAAACAUCUCCCACAUCUCCUCUCUUGCAGGUGCUGUAGUGAGCAUCAUGAUCUUUGCAAUUUUGUGUGUUUAUUUAAAUGUCCUCUUUCUCUUACUUGAAUGUGUAUUUAUGCUCCAAUGGAAGACAAAGAUUGUCUCUCUAGAAUUCAACAGUACACUUUUGAGUUGACUCAUUUGGUUGACUUGAAAGUGUUUUUUGGUCUCACUCACUUAAGUAUUGUUAGUCUUUCCCAAAAUCCUUUGUGCUGACUGUCUAUGGAAAUGAGAAAAAUAUGGCACAGAACUGUGAACUCCUGCUCUAAUUGUAGGUGAAUUUUCUUUCAUAGUGAAUAGGAAAUAGCAGGAAGGGGAGAACUUAUGGCUUUCCCCUUCUCCCUCUGCCCUCAAGUAUAUUAGUCUUUUCACUAGUUUGAAAAGCUGCAGAAAUGCAAUAAAGCUGAAUAUAAGCAUUUAUACAAAAGGACUACUCUUUACGAUAUAACAAUAACAAUAGCAAUAAUAACAAUAGUAUUUCAAAAGCUGGUUUGAAGUAUAAGCUGUGUUAGACCUGGUUCUGAUUUUGUGUUCUUCCUCAUUGCUAUGAACACUGAUGAGAAUCUUGAAGUUCAAAACAACAUAUUGACAUUGUAGGAGGCAGAACAGAAUUCAAAUCACAGUGCUAGGCCUUUGUAGACUUCUGUAUCCCUUCACCAGAAAAAGAAAGAAUCCAGUAGCAGAUAUUUUCAAGGAAGUGCCUUUUCUUGUAAAAUUACAUUCUGUCAUCAUUAGCUUUUAAUGUCCUUGCACAGAACCCAUGCACAGAACAGCAUCAGAACUGUGUGACUUAUUUGUUGUCUUUGGAGUUGUGUAAUGCAAAUAGAUAGUGAAUCAUAGAAUUUUUUGGGGCAGGAAGGGACUAUGAAGGUCAUCUAGUCCACCAGGAACUAGGAAAUCUUCAACUAGAUCAGGGUGCUCAGAGCUCUGUCCAGCUGACAUUGAAUGUUCCCAGGGACAGGCAUUUAUUACCUCUGAAGGCAACCUGUUCCAGUGUUUCACCAUCCUCAUCAUAAAAAUUUCCUUCCUGGCUGCUACUAGAAUUUGUCUUCCAGUUUCCUGAAGUGACUUACACAUCAAAAAAAAUAAUCCUGGAAAAAGAUCUCAUACAAAAGAUGACAGAACAUUUUACCAACAGUAAAUGAUUCCCCAGUCAACUUUUCACAACCUUUACAUUGAUGAUGAGUGAUACAGACCAUUUUUAGCAUAAUUUAUUUAAUCUGGAGGACAAAGAGCUAGAGAAGAAAAUCUGAAGUGGGAAAAAUCAUAAUGGGCACAGCAGAAACUGGAAAUAGUAAAUGCAGAAUAUCUACCCUUUUCCAUUAGGACAUAUACAGAUGAGCUGUUCCCAUGUGAACCUUAGAUGAUGAAGUAAUAGGAAGCACUAGACUAAGACUUGAACUGUUUCAAUGCAAUCUGGCUCAGACCCAGAAAGUGCAUUGACUAAAGUCACAUGAAGGCAGAGCACUUUUGCUGUAGAAUUCUGCACAUUGAAUGUGCUGCUUCAGGAUUAGCCUCAAUUUUUUGAGUCAUAUCCUAAAAUUCCAAAACAGUAUUGCUCCUCCUGGCAGUUGAAAGUUGUCUUUCCUCUCUCUCCUAACAAUUUUGCAAUUUCAAAGCAGACAUGCCUUCCCUCCUUGAAACUCCUAACCUAAACUGUCUGCUACCUUACAGAAACAACUUCUGAGUUUAUGAUAGUGUGAUAAGGAUAUUUUCAACCAGUUGCUUGUAGUAAAAUUUUACUGAAAAUAAAAAUAUCAAAUAUAUGGAGUACCUUCUCUGCUUGUUUGUGUCCAAAAUAAAUACCACAGGCCAAUUUUUGUGUUUGAUUCUCUAGUAGCAAUCAUGGACAUUAGUUAUCAAAUUGUUUGGAUUGUCAUGUUUGGAUCCAUGUUGAACUUUUUUGUAUUAAAAUUGUUUUUCCACAGCAAUCUACUUCAGGAAAUUUGUAUAAAGUUUCAAGUACUGAUUUCCAGUUCAAAAUAAGAACUACCAACAUCCUUGUUUUUUAAAGGCAUUGAAUGUUUAGUGAAAACUGUAGUACAAGCUCUUUGGAGAAGAAGCCAUACUUUCAUCUAGUGGAAUGUCUUAUUUUGGAUGGUGAUAGUCCUUGCUGUAGCUGCUUGCAAUAGCAUACACAUAGGUACAGAGAGUUUUUUCAGCAACACACAUGCAAAACAAAUGCAGAAAGACCCAUUUCGCAAGUAUAAUCAUGGUUUGGUGAAUUUGAUGUUCAUAUCAUUUCCUAAAUUAUUAGUACGAUCUCCUUUCUGGACUGGUUAAGAGCUUCAUCUUAUAUUAUGCGUUAAAGCAAACAAGGCAAAGUACAAGCCAGACAAAUGGGAUAAAUCCUGAUCAAUGAAUUUCCGUAAACUCCUGUUGAAGCACCUUCCAUACCCUUGAGAAACUCAGCUGUAAAUAGAGUGCUUUGCUUGUUUAUUAGAUAUCAAUAACAUUUCUAAUCUACUGAAAAAAUAGUUUAAUUGGGCUUUGUAUUUGCAUGUCUUUUUUCCUGUUUCCAAUAUCUAAAUUUAAUCCCAGUAAUCUGUGCUAUUUUUUCAUAUUUUUUAUAAUAACUACAAUAACAAAACCAUUCUUAUUUAUGUAUUGUAUAGAAGUCAAAAAGUUAAAACAAUUUGUUAACUUUAACAAGUUAAAAUCAACUUUCAGUGGAUUUUUUGAAAGCUUUCUAAAUGGGAAUAAACCAAUUCAACAAAUAUUUGUUUCACAGAAUAUUAGGGUAAUAUUUAGAGCCAUUAACUAUCGAUUUUAAGAAUGAGUUUAUUUUUAUUUCUGAAAUUGUAAUAUUUUAAUCAAGCUCUUAACUGUGCACAGAGGACUCUUUGGUAAGAGUUUAGGGCCUGCCUUGAGAAAUCUGCAGUUCAAGAAAAGAAACUAGUGAAGAUGCAAGCAUCUCUGAAAUGGGCCAUAUGAUAAGUCUCUGGUCCUGCUACUGUUUUAUGCCAGGUUGAUAACUGCAAAGUAUAUAAGAUCUUAUGCUAUUUGUUCCUGUCUGCUGCUCCAAGAGAAGCACACUUUACCAUCAUCCCUCUGUGCACAUGAAAACUUUAUCCUUAGAAUAUCUUUCAACUCAUAAAUCAAAUGCACUGGUAGGCUGAUGCUCUCUUUUUGUUACAAUCAAUUAUAUCUCAGAAAGAAGCAGAAGUGGGAAAGAAAAUAUUACAGUGUUCCAUAAGCUGAACCAGCCUGUAUUAUCAGAAUGAAUGAUUUUUAAAAACCUCUGAGAAGUUCCAAGUUGAUCUAGGUAUUUUAAUAUAAAAUAUCCAUUGGUAAAUUAAAGUUUCUAGGGGGACAAUAUCUCCAACAUAUACUAAUCAACUCUAUUAUUAGUAUAGUUAAGCUGACCUGACAGCCACUUGCAGUGCAUUGAUUGUAGCUCCAUUCCUGUCUGGGACAUAGUGGGAAAGCUGUAAAGAAAGAGGUAGAUUCUCAGAAUCCUCAACGGGAUAGAUGGGCAAAUGAAGUGUUCAGUAACCAGAUGGAAAAAGUUAGAUUCUUUGACAGCUGUGAUCAUUUCUGUAAUAUCUUGAGAAAGAAGUUUUCACACUGCCCGGCUGCUUAAAUACAGAACAUCUAAAGCUUUAACAGAGAUGAAUGAGACACUUCAUACCUUUUGUAGCUGUGGUUUCAGGCUUCCCAGAGGCAACCAGAUAUUAAGGUAUUAUUUACUGUCUCCUCACUGUUUCAGACUAUCUCCAUUUGGAAAACUUUUUAAAUAGGAAAGAUGAGAUCUGAUUCUGCAUCAAAAGAAUUUUAUGGCAAUUUCUAUGGAACAGAGUAAACAGUCCUGCUUUUCAGGAAAUAAGAGUAAGUUACAAUAAGUACUUGCCCAAUGCUAUUCUCAUUCAUGUUGUAAACUGUUCUCUGGCUCUUCCCGCUAUGCUUCUGAUAACUGAAAACUCACUACUCUGCCUGUAAAAAACUCUUCUGGAAGGAAAUUUGACUCAUUUACCAUUCACCGUUUAUUUUAGCGUUCAAUGCGUGACAAAUAACGGUCCCUUGGGAGCACGGCAAAGAGGAGCGUGGCACGUUAGUGCAACGUUAGUGCAACGGGGCAGUUCGAGCGGCAGUUCGAGCAGGCAGGGCGAGCAGGGAGGGGCUGGAGGUCGGCCAUAAGGGACCAUGGACCGUGGUGGCUACCCUGCAGAAGAUUAAAACCACUCCCAGUGCUGCAGCAAGCAGGAUAGAUGUUGCCACCCAGACCCUGGGCUGUAGCCAAUGUCCCCCUCCCACACCAGCUGACGCCUCUAGCACGGGCUCCACUUGUGGGAGCUGUGCUCACGUAGGGGAACUCCGUCGCACGGUGGCAGAGCUGAGGGAGGAGUUAAAUAGACUAAGGACCAUCAGGGAAUGUGAGAGGGAGAUAGAUCACUGGAGCAGCGCCCUCUCACAAACGCAGCAGGCUGUUGUAGCUGGUGCGGCUGAGCAACCCCGCCUGCAAACUGCGAAGCUGGGGGAACAAGAGAUGGGGAAUGGCAGCAAGUUCCUGCCCGGCGCAGGAAACCUGCUCCCCCCACCCAGACAACAAACUCCCAGAUCCCCCUGAGGAACGAAUAUGAAGCGCUGCAGGUGGAACCCAUCCCCAAGGAUGAAGAAGGUGGCUCCCACAGCCUAGAAACAUGCCUAUUUCAUGGGCACCGUCAUCAGGUGCCCAUGAAAACAUCCUCAGUAAAUAAGAAGAGGACAGUGAUUGUCUUAGGGGAUUCCCUUCUAAAAGGAACAGAGGGACCCAUCGGCAGACCGGACCCGCUCCACAGGGAGGUCUGCUGCGUACCGGGGGCAUCAGUGAAGGAUGUAAUUAGAAAACUUCCUUUCUUGGUGAAAGAGACAGAUAUUACCCUCUGGUAGUAUUUCAAAUCGACAAUGAUGACUUACAGUGCAGAAAGCUGAAAGCCAUCAAGAGAGACUUCAGGACUCUAGGAAGAACGAUGGAGGGCUCCCGGCACAAGUAGUGUUUACUUCCAUUCCAGUGCUAAGGAAUGAGGAGCAGGAGGCCAAAAAAAACCCCAGUUGAUUAAUGCCUGGCUCCGAGCCUGGUGUGAAGAGAAAGGCUUUGGGUUCUUUGAUCAUGGGGUGACCCAUGCACCCCCAGGCUUUCUUACUAGGGAUGGGACAUGCUUGUCUCCUAUGGGGACUAAAGUCCUUACUAAAAAUCUAGAUGGGCACUUAAAUAUAGCUUUAAACUAGAUGUGAAGGGGGAGGGGGACGAGACCAGGCUAGUCAGGAGUGAGCAUGGACAUGGGACUCCAGUAACUGAGAGGUGGUGUGCUGGAGAGGACCGCCAGUAUACCACCACAGAGCAAGUGGGGGCGAUUACACCUGGGGACAGUAAGAUAUGAAACUGGCGCUGUGGCAUUGGUUAUUCCAAGGACCAGUCAAUUUGGAAUGAACUUUAUUCUCUUUAUGAGGGCUGAAGGUUUGCCAGCCCAGCUGAAGUGCAUUUACACCAAUGCACGCAGCAUGGGCAAUAAGAAGGAGGAGUUGGAAGCUGUUGUAGGGCAAAGUGACUACAAAGUCUUUGCCAUCAUGGAAACAUGGUGGGAUGACUUGUAUAACUGGAGUGCAGCCAUGGUGGGGUAUAAACUCUUCAGGCGGGACAGGAAGGGUAGGAGAGGAGGCGGUGUAGUCCUCUAUGUUAGAGAGUGCUUUGAUACCCUUGAGCUCGAUUACGGUGAGGAAGGGACUGAGUGUGGGUUAACAUCAGAGGAGCCCACAAGAAGGCAGAUAUUGUGAUGGGAGUCUGCUACAGACCAUCCAGCCAAGAAGAAGCAGCGGGUGAUCUCCUCUAUAAACAGCUGGGGAUAGUCUCUAGAUCGCUACCUCUUAUCCUCAUGGGAGACUUCGAUCUUCCAGAUAUCUGCUGUAAGUACAAUACAGCAGAAAGGAAGCAGUCUAGGAGGUUCCUGGAGUGCAUGGAAGACAACUUCCUCACGCAACUGGUUAGUGAACAAGCAAGGGAGGGUGCCCUCCUGGACCUGCUGUUUGUGAACAGAAAAGGUCUUGUGGGGGAUGUGAUGGUUGGAGGACGCCUGGGACAAAGCAAUCAUGAGGUGAUAGGGUUUUCAGUUCUAGGUGAGAUGAAAAAGGGGAUUAGCAGAACAGUCACAUUAAACUUCCAGAGGGCAGACUUUGGACUGUUCAGAAGGCUGGUUGGCAAAGUCCCAUGGCAGACAGUCCUCAAGGGCAAGGGAGCCCACGAGUGCUGGGUGCUCUUCAAAAAUGAAAUCCUAGAAGCUCAGGAGCAAGACAUCCCCAUGUUCCAGAAAAGGAGCCGGCAGGGGAAAAAAACAACUUGGUUGAUUAGGGAGAUCUUGAGAGACAUCAAAGAGAAGAAUAAUGUCUAUGAGCUUUGGAAGAAGGGGCAGGCAUCUUGGGUGGACUACAGGGAGGAAGUGAGAUUGUGCAGGGAAAAAAUCAGGAGGGCUAAGGCAUAACUAGAAAUCAAACUGGCUAAGUCUGUGAAAGACAAUAAAAAAUCUUUCUACAAAUACAUUAACAAUAAAAGGAGGACUAGGGAGACUAUUCAGUCCUUAUUGGAUGCAGAAGGAACAACAAUGACAGGGGAUGAGAACAAGGCUGAGGUACUUAAUGCCUUCUUUGCCUCAGUCCUUAAUAGUAAGGAAAGUUCCUUCUGUGUACAAACCCUGGAUUUAGAGAAGGAGAAUGAGGCCCCCAUGAUCCAAGAGGAGGUGGUUAGACUUGCUUGCCCAGCUAGACACCCACAAAUCUAUGGGACCAGAUGGGAUCCACCCAAGAGUAUUAAAGGAGCUGGCGGAAGUCCUUUUCAAACCCCUUUCCAUCAUCUUCCAGCGGUCCUGACUGACUGGGGAAGUUCCACUGGCCUGGAGGCUGACUGAUGUGCCCAUCUACAAGAAGGGCUGCAAGGAGGAUCCAGGGAACUACAGGCCUGUCAGUCUGACCUCAGUGCCAGGGAAAGUCAUGGAACGGGUGAUCUUGAGUGCUGUCAUGAAGCACAUGCAAGAGAACUGGGUGAUCAGGCCCAGUCAACACGGGUUCAUGAAAGGCAGGUCUUGCCAAACUAACCUGAUCGCCUUCUAUGACAAAGUGACUCGACUACUGGAUGAGGGAAAGGCUGUGGAUGUAGUCUUCUUGUACUUCAGUAAAGCCUUUGACACAGUUUCUCAUAGCAUUCUCCUUCAGAAACUGUCAGCCUCUCGCCUGGACAGGCGCACAAUCUCCUGGGUAGAAAACUGGUUGGAUGGCCAGACCCAAAGAGUGGUGGUAAAUGGAGUUAACUCCAGCUGGAGGCCAGUUACAAGAGGGGUUCCCCAGGGCUCAGUACUGGGUCCAGCCCUGUUCAAUGUCUGUAUCAAUGACCUGGAUGAAGGCAUUUAGUGCCCCCUUAGCAAGUUUGCGGAUGACACUAAGCUGGGUGGAAGCGUGGAUCUGCUGGAGGGAGGGUAGGGAGGCUCUGCCAAGGGGUCUGAACAGGCUGGACUGCUGGGCCGAGGCCAAUGGCAUGAGGUUUAACAAGGCCAAAUGCCUAGGAGAAGUCUGUCUAGAAAGCUGCCUAGAGGAGAAGGACCUUCUCCCUCUGUACUCAGCACUGGUGAGACUGCAUCUUGAAUACUGUGUUCAGUUCUGGGCCCCUCACCACAAGAAGGGUGUGAGGCUCCGGAGCGUGUCCAGAGAAGAGCAAUGAAGCUGGUGAGGGGGCUGGAGAACAAAUCUUAUGAGGAGCAUCUGAGAAAGUUGGGGUUGUUUAGCCUGGAGAAGAGGAGACUGAAGGAAGAUCUUAUUACUCUCUACAACUACCUGAAAGGAGUUUGUGGAGAGGAGGGAGCUGGCCUCUUCUCCCAAGUGACAGGGGACAGGACAAGGGGGAAUGGCCUCAAGUUCCUACAGGGGAGGUUCAGGUUGGACAUCAGGAAUAUUUUUUCACGGAAAGGGUCAUUGGGCGCUGUAACAGGCUGCCCAGGGAGGUGGUUGAGUCACCUUCCCUGGAGGUGUUUAGGGAUGAGUGGAUGAGGUGCUGAGGGGCAUGGUUUAGGGAUUGUUAGGAAUGGUUGGACUUGAUGAUCCAGUGGGUCCUUUCCAACCUAGUGAUUCCAAGAUUCUAUGAAAUAGAGCAAUAUGGUUUCACCUGAAGUGAAAUAGAUUGGACUAAUUAUUCCCACAAAUAAAUACAUGCGAUUCUGAUCACAAAUCAGUGUCAUUAUCUAUGGAAGAAUUUUACAGGUCAGCUUCGAUUUGAAGAUACAUGUAAAAACAAUUGAUUAAAAAACGAAUGAGAGCUUUGAAAUUAGUGGAAUUCUAGUAAGAUUUAUCGAUUGGCUCAUGGAAGUGUUCAUUGUAAAGGACAUUUGACAUCAUCUAACAUCAGACAAUGUCUGCCAUGACUUUGUCUUCCAGAGUCUUGAAAAUCUUAAAGAUAGAGAUCCAAAACUACCCUGUGUACCGGUUUCUGUACUGCACUACUGUUGUGGUGAGAGUAUUUUUCCUAAUGUCUGUACAAGGUAUAACACACAAAAAAGAGUCUGUGCCUGUGACUCCUUUUGUUUAACUAAUUGAGAAAAUCAACUAUGAUUACCUUCAAAAUGGUUCCCUUCUGAGCUGACAUACAGCUGUAUAUGAUGCUGCAAUAUUCAAAGCCAUUCUACAGAACAUUUUUUGAAUGGCUAUUGAGGAUCUCCAUCAUUUUUGCUUUCACACCUUCUAACAACAAAAAUUUGGUUUCUUGAAUCACCGACUUGAUGUCUUCACUGUAAGUCUCAGUCAAUAAUAGAAAAGUUUCCAUUACAGAUUUCUUCAGUUUCAGAAGACACUUGGUGUUAAGUCGCUGUUCACUCUUAUUACUAUUAUAUGUCAACCUUUGUGACAGACAUGAAACAGAAUCUAAUGGAUUCAGAUAAGAGUUAAUUAUUUAUUCAUGCUACAUUCAUGGUACUGUUAGCUUGCUUGGUCUCCUGGGGACAGUGCCCUGGACUGGUGAAUCAGUAGAUGCUGGCUCACUGUAAUGUGAUGUGCUGGGAAUUCUUGAGAACUGAAAUUCUUGAGAACUGUGGCAUGCUUACUCCUCCUGCGUCUCAAUGUCACCAACUCCCGUUGUUAGACCAUAUGAUAGUCCACACAAGAAAUUAUCAGGGAUGGAUCAUAAAUGUCAGUGUGCAAAAGGUCACCUUUAUGACAUGGUGUCAACAGUUGGCAUUGGCUCUGGACAGUCUGCACACACACAUCUGGGUGUCAAUUCUAAAGUGAGUGACCUUUAACAAAUACUAACCUCACCAGGGAGGGGCUGAUAGAAGGACUGGCUCAUCAGCUUGCAGAUGGUGAUCCUAGCUGGACUUAAGAGCAUAACAGUUUCGUAAGAGUCAUGGUCUGGUGGAAUCCACACUGAAAGAAGGCAUGUGGUCAGUCCAGGUUAUUUGCUUGUGCUAGGAUCUUUAGCUAUUACCUUUUCACAACAAGCCUGGAUAUUCUCCUCCUCUGUGAAGGGCAAAUAUAUGGUAUUUUGAAAUACUUUUUACAUAUGAUAGCUAUGUAUUUCCUUGUCUUCAUCACUUCAGAAGGGAGUUGCCAUUUAAAACUUUGUUCAACAUUUUUCCUUUACGAAUAUUUGAUCUAUACCCUUGAACACAUAGCUCAGGUAAAGCCAGCAUUAUUGGAAAUGAUUUUUGGGUGUUUUAAGAGGGCUUUCCAAUAUCAAUGAGUGGUGAACAGGGUGCUAGGUGAACCUGAGAGAGCACGCUCUUAAGAAGGUACUGGGUCUUAUGAAAUCGCUAAGAGCUAAUAAAA